AUGCAAAAAGCGGUUCCAGACUGUGAACGUUUGGCUUGCACACUGUGCUUACUCGCUUCAGGGGACAGUUUUAAGAGCUUACCUGUAGUUUUUCGUAUUGCGCCCAACACUAUAUCUUUAUUCAUACCGGAAGUUUGUGAUGCAAUUUACAAAACACUCAAAGAUGAAUAUUUGCAGGUUCCAUCCAAUGAAGAUCAAUGGAAUGAAAUUGCCAGAAAAUUCAAUGAAAAAUGGAAUUUCCCCAACUGCAUAGGAGCAGUUGAUGGGAAGCACAUCGUAAUGGAAGCAUAGUCCUAAUGGCUAUUGCAGACGCGGAGUAUAAAUUCUUAUAUAUUGACGUUGGCUGCAAUGGACAAGCUUCCGAUGGUGGAGUUUUUGGCAAACCAACUUUCCAGCCCGCCUUGAACAUGAAUUCUCUUGGACUACCUUCUU